AUGGAUGAAGAUGAGCUGCUGUCGACGUUCAAUCAUCUCCAGGACUAUAACAGGUAUUUAAGUACAGUACUAGAUGAAGGCGUUGUCGAUCUACGCGCCAAAGAUUCCGCUGUCUAUCAAAUUGGUUUGAUUCUAGAAAUAUACCAGGAACAAAGCUAUCUGCUCGAUCCUUACUUAGAUCGGAUGCUUUCUCCCGCUAUCAGCGCACUAUCGAUAUCGUUAUCUCAUCAGCACAGCGAUAGCGCAAAGAAUACGCUGUCGAGACUUAUAUACACAUUUUGCAAAACUAGAGGUUACAAGGUUAUUAGCAGGUUCUUCCCUCAUUCCAUACCAGACUUGGUUUUGGUUAUCAACGCUUCACGAUCCUUUACUCAAACUGUGACUUGGGAAUUUAGAUACGUUGUGCUUUUGUGGCUUUCUAUUGCUAUCAAAAUACCUUUUGAUCUUGGCAAGAUACUUCCAGGCGAGGAUGUCGCUGCUCAGUUGCAAGGGUUGUGCACAGAGUACUUCUUCUACCCAGGAAAGGAGCGUGAGGGAGCUGUUCUCGUACUUAGCAGGGCAUUCAUGAGACAGGACAUGAAACCUUACCUCUCCGGUUUCGUUGGUUGGUGCUCAGAUCAACUCAGCUCACACGAAAAGAAUGCUUUUAUCGCACCUUCAAUCCUCCAAUUCUUUUGCGAGAUCCUCAAAGUCAGUCAAGGCGCUACAGUGGCGGAGCUCCAGUCACCAAUAGAAGUAGCUUUAUCGCGCACAGUCGAUAAAAGUAGCUUAAACCCUCUCCUACGCAAGUACCACGUCAAGUUAACAGCAAGAGUUUCCAACAAGCUCAGCACAAAUAUCGACAGAGUCGAAGAUACUAUUGGACAGCUUCUAGACUAUCUCAGUGAUAGUGAUACAAUAGUACGCUGGUCAGCAGCCAAACAUCUCUCGCGGCUAGCUGGCAAGCUUGAUGAGGGAGGCAGGCGCGAUAUUCUCGAAGCAAUUCUGUCUCUAUACGCGUAUGGGACUGAUGUGGAGGAUGCGACAACCGAGGCUUUUGCUACAUGUGAUUAUGCGCAGGUAUCCGAGAACACGUGGCAUGGAACCACGCUUGCACUAGCUGAAUGCGUUCGAAAUGGCAUCGUACCGCCGUACUUCAUUCCUAAUCUGAUUCCAGCUGCUGUCGCAAGUCUGCAUUUUGAUUUAAAGAAAGGUGCGGCGUCGGUAGGUAGCAAUUCGCGCGAUGCUGCUGCAUACCUUUUCUGGGCAAUGGCGCGAAGCGUAGCACCACAACAUCUGGCCAGUAUCAUUGACACGGUUAGUGUUAAUCUCAUUCAGAAAGCUUUGUUCGAUCGUGAGGUUCAUAUACGCAGAGCUGCUAGUGCGGCAUUUCAAGAAUUAGUCGGCAGGACAAACCUCGUAAAAUAUGGUAUCGAUGUUUUGCGCGCUGUCGAUUUCUUCGUUGUUGGCGUGCGCCGUACCGCUUUCCUUGAUGCUGCCGUAGAAGUAUGCGAGUAUGACUUUUAUCGCAAUUCAAUCAUACCAUUCGUCGCCAGUAAUGUGCUUACACAUUGGGAUUUUGACAUGCGCAAGCUCUCAUCCAAAUUUAUGGGCAGGGUGUGUGAGAAACACGUUUAUCUCGUUGACGAAGUAGUGAAUAAGCUUACACCGCGCAUAUCUACCAACGAUCCAAUCCUAUUGCAUGGAAGUCUUGCCACACUCUACCAACUUGCUUCUGCUCUACCUUGCGCAAAUGAGCUCCAUGAUCGGGUUUUCGGCCAACUCAAGCAAGUACAGCUUUGGGCAUUGCAAACACCCCGAUUUAGUCCAGUGUUAGAGGUGUGCAAUAAUGUAAUAGGAGCAGUUUCGAAUACCACCAAUGCUCCCAAACACCAAGACAUAGCUCUGAAAAUUAUUAGCGCAGGUAUGACGCAUAAGUCUGAAGUAGUAAGAUUCGCAUCCUCAAAUGCGCUCGGAAAACUAAGCAAGAAUUGCGACUGUGAUAGAGUAAUAGUCAAAAUGAUAAGCGACUUUGACACCGCUGAAGAGGCACAUCAGCAAUCAAUACCUCUGGCAUUAGGCCAUAUUCAUUACUCGAAUGUUGGAGUGCGCACGGAAGCUCUCGAAUGCUUACUGCGUAUCUGUAAAGCUAAGGUUGUUGUGGAAUGUCGGGUGAACGCUUACGAGUCUUUGUCAAAAGUCUUCUCAUCGCUCGACGAUGAUGCACAGAAGGAAACUGUCUUACAUAAUUUUUACAAUGGGCUGUGGGAUUAUGCAAUUGAUCAAAGAGGAGACGUGGGUGCGUGGGUGCGUCAAUCGUGCGCAAAAGGGCUAGGAAUGUGCAUUGGAGCGCAUUACUCGUCUAGAUUUGUAGAGAUGGUAAUCAGUCGACUGGUAGGCGUUAGUCUCGAUAACAUCUACACAAGCAGAUGGAUUGCGCUUGAUGAGCUGGAGAAGAUAUUACCAUUCACCACUCAGUCACUGGCAACACCACUUGAGCACUUUAUCGAGGACACUAAGCAAAUGACUGAGGAUGUGUACUCGUCCAACAAAAUAUACGAAAACGUGGUACCUCUUUACGAGAAAUGCGAGCCAGUAAGAGAUGGAAUAUUGAUGGGACUAGCUUUGGCAAUUAUCAGCAAGAAUGAAGUAUCGGUUUAUAACUCUCGUAAAGCUGUUCUGCGUAUAUCUGAGGAGCUGCUGGAUGAUGUAAUGGUACGGUGUCAGAAGCUGGCAGGAACGAAUACCAAGACUAGCUUCUUUACUGGAUUGGCCAACAUACUUUUUAACGUUGCGGAUGAGAGCGCAUUUGAAAAAGAGGAUCAUUUUAAGCAGCUCGUCACGUUCAACGAGAAAUACUGCCAGAAAUCAAAAGUAAUCUCUCGGAUCACGGUUGUACCUUUUACAUCCGUUACCGCGUAUACGUGCGACAACGGCAGAAGAGGUCUACAUCCAGGCGCAGACUUAUGCAACCUCCUCGGAUAA